AUGGAGGGCACUGAUCGCUCUAGGCUGAAGCGCUCUAGGCUGAAGACUAGAAUAGCCAAGCCAUCUGAUAUCUCCAUCUGGAACGACGUCAACCAGAAUGGUGUUCUAUUAGAAGUUCUUCGCCGCCUCAAACGUCUGGAAGAUCAUUGUGGCUUGGAGAAGUCUCCAGACAUCGACGAAGAUGCCGAUAGUCCGAUGACAUUUUCGUCCGUUGAUUCGGACACCUCUAGACCUGUAUCCUUGGACAAGUCCCAUGCUCCGACCAUGCCCGGCGUGAUUGGAGAUUAUUAUGAGAGUUACCAAUUCGAAGGAUUCAAAAUUCCCCUGGAAAAGAGCUUUUUGCUUUCCAUCCCGGACCUACUAGAAAACCCUCACAUUCAGCUUGACUAUACGUCGCAAAUCAUCUAUCAUACUGUUCGCCUUCAAGGGAUCAUACUGGAUCCCGGCUCUCAUAAGGAUAACGGCGGACUUAUCACAAAUCUCUACAGAAAGUGCUUUGCCCUCACCGAUUGCUGGCUGGACCACAUUCAGAAUACCUAUGCCGACCUCUUUGUGGCAGUAUCGAUGUCGCUCGAAGCCUGCAAUAGCGAAGUGGCCUGGAAGAUGCUUGGCCAUGCCUGCACGAUCGCCAAGGCCUUGGGGUAUUUCUCCGUGGACGGAAAUCCAGGAGAGACAAACGGGCAGCCGUCUCUCUCGCAAGGAUCGAUAAUCGGAGAAACCGAAACGGACAAAAAUCGGAAACGAUUCGAGUUCUGGCACUUACUGCGAACAGAUUGUCUAUUCCGGCUGUCGUUCGGCAAGCCGACUCUCAUGCCGGCGGGGUCCUGGAAGGUCAAUUUUCCAGAUCCCACGAUCACUGGCGUUGAUGAUGAAUCUUCUCGUUUUAUUCAAAUUCAUUUCCUGGCUUCUAUGCGACUUGCCCUAGUCGUGAUGAAGUACCUAGAUUGGGCCGACGCGGGGCCAGAUCCUGACCCGGUCUUGCACGAUACAACAGUUGACAGCUUCCUUGAGGAGGUGCAGUUGAUCAUGUCUGAUUGGGACACAGACGAGCUUCUUCGAAUGGCCAAGACCCAGAUCGACACAUGGUUCUGUGUGGACAUGGUUUUCAGCAGCUAUAAAUUCCUCAUCGUUCUUCACCAAUCGAAAAAGUCCGACCAAGACAGACACAAGCUACCACAUCAAGCGGUGGAUAUCUCUCGAAAAUCGAUAAAGAUGUUCCAGUCCCUCCUAGGAUCAUCAUUACACGGAUUUUGGGGAAUAAGUCUUAUUUUACUCCACCAGUUCAUUCCCUUUUUCAUCCUAUGCUUGGAUAUCAUCGGAAAUCCUGAGCGUGGUGACCUUGAGACAGACCUCACUUCAGUCACCUGGAUCACUGACUAUGUCGAAAAGAUUGUCGAGGAACGAUCCGAGCUAAGGCCCGUGAUGAUUAUCAUGAAGGCCAUGAUACUCGCUUGCCACCAAGUUAAAACGAACCAUCUUACGUCUUCAAUGACAGGAAAUGAAUUGGCCGGUUAUUAG